AUGAUUCAGCUUCAAAUUCCUCGACCGCCGUCGGCAACCGGCUUUCUGUUCGGGUCUCAGCAGCAGUCUUUAGCCGAAAAGACUUACCCUCUAGGCGUUGAGGAAUGCUAUGAGAUCUUAGCAGAUGGCUUUGCCGUCUAUGCCGACGUCAUGGCUUUCGUAUACAAGGAUGGUCGAAAGGCCCCCGGUAUGUGCGCCGCCGAAAACUGCCCUUGGGUGCCGGAUUCAAAGUGGGCGAGAAUUCGGCAGGACUUAGAAGCAUGGAGGACGAGAACGGAUGACAUCCUGCACUACCCGACCCAGACUGUUGGUGCCCACGCAGGAACCGGCUGCCGUGCGUUCGUUUACAUCAAUUUGCUCUACUACCACUGCAUUCUGAUGCUUCACCGGGAGUAUUUUCCUUUCUUGCCGAAACCAAACGCCGAACCACAGGGACCAACCGAUCCACCGUUUCUUGAAGCUGAGGCUCCUCCUCAGUGGUGGCAAGAGAGCGCCCGGGAGCUAUUCGAGGCGGCAGGCCAUGUAGCGACCAUAUUACAUGACGCUUCUGAAUGGGGAUUGACAAUGAUGACUCCUGUGCCGGGUUUCUGUGGCUUUUCAGCAUGCUAUCUCAACCUCUAUGCUCUUUAUUUCCCCAACAUGACCGCGGGGCAUAGUCCGAUGGCCAAAGAUUUACUUGAUAUGGGGCUCGAGUAUCUUAAGGAAUUCAGAAAGGCAUGGGAUCUAGGAGAAGGCUGGAUUAAGACGAUUCAGAAUGCCUCAUUGCUGUUCGAGCAAGUGAACUCGAACGCUGACCAAUACCGCCAUACAUCUCGCCGCGACUUUGAAGCGUUACACCUGUCGGCUCAUGAAUUCAGGACCGUCGAUAGGUCAGAGCAACACAUGGCUUUGAUUCGAGAUGCUCAGCAAAGAGUGGAGAGCAUGGAGGACACUGAUCUUGGAAAUGGGUUGGUCCAAGACGAUGCGGCUGAUCUCGAGACCUUUGAUCCAGUCGCCCUCAUGGGAGACCAUGCAUUGUGGCCCACUUGGAACUCUGCAUUUGAAGUAGACACCUUUGGUAGCGGCCUCUAG